AUGCCGGCUGCCUCCACAGAGGGCCAGCCUGUGGCCCUGAGCUUGGCGGAGAAGGCCGUGUGCAAGGUGGUGUAUGGCGCCCCCCGCCCCCGCCCCCUGCUGCUGCCCGUGGGCCUGGAGCUGUGGCUCUACGUGCAGAAGAUGCGUAACCUGCAGAGGAAGAGGAUGGAGGCCUCGUGCCUGGAGCUCGCCCUGGAGGGGGAGCGUCUCUGCAAGGCCGGGGACUUCAAGGCGGGCGCAGCCUUCUUUGAGGCCGCGGUGCAGGUGGGCACCGAGGACCUGAAGACGCUGAGUGCCAUCUACAGCCAACUGGGCAAUGCCUACUUCUACCUGAAGGAGUACGCCCGGGCGCUGGAAUACCACCGGCAUGACCUGCUGCUGGCCCGGACCAUCGGUGACCGCAUGGGGGAGGCCAAGGCCAGCGGGAACCUGGGCAACACACUCAAGGUCCUGGGCCGCUUUGAUGAGGCUGUCGUCUGCUGCCAACGGCACCUGGACAUCGCCCAGGAGCAGGGGGACAAGGUCGGGGAGGCGAGGGCGCUGUACAACAUCGGCAAUGUGUACCACGCCAAGGGCAAGCAGCUGUCGUGGACCGCCACACAGGACCCCGGGCACCUGCCGCCCGAUGUCCGGGAGCCGCUGCGCAGAGCCUCCGAGUUCUAUGAGAGGAAUCUGUCCCUGGUGAAGGAGCUGGGCGACCGGGCGGCCCAGGGCAGGGCCUAUGGCAACCUAGGCAACACCCACUACCUGCUGGGGAGCUUCAUGGAGGCCACGGCCUUCCACAAGGAGCGCCUGGCCAUUGCUAAGGAAUUUGGAGACAAGGCGGCCGAGAGGAGGGCCUACAGCAACCUGGGGAACGCCCACAUCUUCCUGGGGCGCUUUGACGUGGCCGCCGAGUACUACAAGAAGACGCUGCAGCUGUCCCGGCAGCUCAAGGAUCAGGCGGUGGAGGCGCAGGCCUGCUACAGCCUGGGCAACACGUACACGCUGCUGCAAGACUACGAGCGCGCGGCCGAGUACCACCUGCGCCACCUGCUCAUCGCCCAGGAGCUGGCUGACAGAGUGGGCGAGGGCCGGGCGUGCUGGAGUUUGGGGAACGCCUACGUGUCCAUGGGGAGCCCGGCACAGGCCCUGACUUUCGCCAAGAAACACCUGGAGAUCUCCCAGGAGAUCGGCGACCGCAAUGGGGAGCUCACGGCCCGCAUGAACGUGGCACAGCUGCAGCUGGUGCUGGGCCGGCUGACCAGCCCCGCGGCCACAGAGAAGCCGGACCUGGCUGGUUACGAGGCCCAAGGUGCCAGGCCCAAGAGGACACAGAGGCUGAGUGCAGAGACCUGGGGCCUGCUGAGGCUCCCCCUGGAGCGGGAGCAGAAUGGAGACAGCCACCAGGUGGGGGAGUGGCGGGGGCCAGGCAGGGACGUGCUCCCUCUCCCCGUGAGGAGCAGGAAGUACCAGGAGGGGCUGGAGGCUGCUGAGAGGCCCCGAGAGGGCAGCCACUCCCCGCUGGACAGCGCGGACGUCCGGGUGCAGGUGCCUCGCACGAGCAUCCCUCGGGCCCCAUCCUCUGACGAAGAGUGCUUCUUUGACCUGCUGAGCAAGUUCCAGAGCAGCCGAAUGGACGACCAGCGCUGUCCCCUGGAGGAGGGCCAGCCCGGGGCCGCCGAGGCCACAGCUGCCCCCACCCCGGAGGAGAGGGUUGCCCAGCCCUCGCUGACGGCAUCCCCGCAGACCGAGGAGCUCCUGGACCUCAUUGCCAGCUCCCAGGGCCGCCGGCUGGACGACCAGCGGGCCAGCGUGGGCAGCCUGCCUGGGCUGCGUGUCACCCACAGCAACCUGGGCCGUCUGCGCGGGGACGGAGACCCACAGGAGCCGGGGGACGAGUUCUUCAACAUGCUCAUCAAGUGCCAGUCCUCCAGGAUCGAUGACCAGCGCUGCCCACCUCCUGACGUGCUGCCCCGCGGCCCCACCAUGCCUGACGAGGACUUCUUCAGCCUCAUCCAGAGGGUGCAGGCCAAGCGGAUGGAUGAGCAGCGGGUGGACCUCGCCGGGAGCCCCGAGCAGGAGGUGGGCGGGAGCCCCGAGCCCCGGCAGCCGUGCCAGUCUGGUGCCAGCUAAGAUCCUGCAGCCACAGCCAGGCUGGCCCCACCCCUACUCGUGGCCUCGGGGCCGGGGGGCACGCCGUCCUCUGUGAUGCCCACGGCCCCGCGAGA